AUGAAGGCGACUAUAAGCUGGGUAAUUUUCGUUUAUAUCGUCAUCGUUUGGCCUAAUUUUACUAGCCGUGCCCAAUUAUCCAGAUUAUCUCACAGAAGUGAUAGUAGGCGGCGGAAGAUUGUACCAGCUGAAUAUGUCGAUUUUGUUCAACCUAAAAAAUCUUUGGUACCAUCGGAAAUUAUUAUACUACCUAUCAAGUACAAAUGCAAAAAUCCUAAAAUGUUGGCAAUACGCAUAUUAGCGACUGACAUACGUCAAUAUCAUUGGGAAGUGAGUCAGAAUAAUCAAUCUAUACCCGUUGCUGGAGAAGGUGUAAUAUACUUUGAAGUCUUAUUGCCUGCGUUGUUAAGAGUUGGCCAAUCCAUUGUCCAAUUAGACGCUUUCGCUCAUCAAAUUAAUCUCUAUGCAGCCUUAAUUGAGCCAAAAAAGUGGGAAGAAGAUGGUAUUUCGUCGGUUCAUUUAGCUAGCAUUAAUGGUAUCUAUCCUUUGAACAUUUGGGGUCAUUCUGUCUCAUUUUGUGAAAACGAAUUUGAGCAAUAUAGGGAUAAAACUUGCAAGAUUGAGAGCGAUUUUUGUUGCUCUUUUGUCUUUUUAAUUACUGCAGAAGUUGUAACUUUGGUAGAGACACCAAUAACCUUUUCUGGAGAACAGAAUGGAAUCACGAGAAAAUACUACCGAAUGACUAUGAGCGAUUUAUCGAUAAAUUUUAUUCGUCUCGAUAGUUAUUUAGAUAAAUAUUACGAUCCAUCAAUACGGUUGGAUAAUAUUUUUAUGCCGCCAAGUGUUACCGUUUCCUUGUGGGUUUACAUCGCUAGAAGAUGUCCCUAUAACUUCUGCAGUAUCAUAUUUCGCCAACAAGAGAGAUUUCUUACGCCUCAUCUUUACGAAAUUAAAGCAGGUAAUUUGCAUGUGCAAGUUGAAUUAUCAUCAGGCAAACCUUAUGCAUUUCUUACCGGAUGGAAAAUACCAGUCAAAUCAUGGGUUCAUAUCCUCCUUACCAUUUGCUCUAACACGGCCACCAUUUAUAUGUCAAGCGACGAUGAAACAUUAGUCAGCCGAUUUGAAGUACUGCCUGGAAGAGUACGCUAUAAUCAUAACGAACGACAGUGGACAUUAGGUGGAAAUCAAAAUUUUCCGUCAUUUACAGGAUAUCUUAGUAAAGUAACUCUAUUCCGCAGACAUUGCAUCCAUUAUGAUUUGCUACCUUCAGAUCAUAAGGAACCACCAGAGCUAGUAAAAGGAUCAUGUCCUUCAGCUAUGUGGAGAAUAUUAAGGAAGAAUAUUGAACGAUAUCAGAUAUGCUUAGCUCCAGUAAAUGAGAUAGUCAUACCAGAAGUCAUCAGUGCAGUCAAUACAACAAUUAAAAAUAAUUAUAAAAAUGGAUCUCCGGGACUCUAUCCUACCGAUUUAGAUAUGUCCUCCAUAGGAGAUGAGCUGUAUUACCAAGCAUUCGCGAUUAUGGGAGGUCAAGAACGGACUAAAAAAGAUAAUCAACGUGCAUUUAAAAUAUUGGAUUACGCUGGAUGUGCUGGCAGCUCCGAUGCAUAUUACUUUCAAGGAACAUUAUAUACUAAUGGUAUUGGAACACCCGUAGAUAUUGACAAGGUUGAUCUUGAGGAAAUCCGUUUAUCGAUAUCAGAACAUCUAGAAGGACAGCAGGGGCUUAAUGACGGUUACGUACAAUUUGUAAAAUACCAAGCGGAAAAGGGUUUCACGUCAGCGCAGGCGCAAAUGGCAGGAUUACUAUUUUGGGGAAAUCGAGGUGUUAAAAGGGAUCUUAGAGCAGCUGCUAAGUAUUACAGCAUGGGAGCUAAAAAUGAGGAUCCGGAUUCAAUUUAUAAUUUAGGAAUUGUUCAUUUGAGGGGCCAGGGUGUUCCGAAAGAUGUACCUAAAGCAGUAACUUAUUUAGAAAAAGCAGCGAAGAUGGGCAACGUUAACGCAUACUUUGCCUUAGGUUGGAUUGCGGCUAAUGUCGAUGAUAACAAACUUGCAGCCGCACACUACUAUCAAAAAGCCGCGCAAUUAAAUCAUCCUGAAGCUGCUUAUAACUUGGGCUAUAUGUACGCUCAAGGCCAGUUAAAUAACGGAACGAGAGACGAAGAAAUGGCUUUAAAAUACUUUGUUAAAGCAGCUAAUCUUGGUAGUAUGGACGGUAGUAUGGAAGUUGCUCAAGCCUUUAUGGGACACAAUAAAUUUAUUAAACGAUCAUGUCCGCAAGCUAUUGGCUAUGUUGAUGGAGUUGCUAAAAAAAGUCCAAUGUUAGCCAAAACGUUAAGAAAAGGCUUAGAUGCUUUUCUUGCAUCUCAUAGACGACAUGCAUUUCUUUUCUAUCUGAUGGUUGCUGAAGCUGGAAUUGAAUUCGCACAAUUUAACGCUGCUUUCAUAUGUGAAAAUUUCUACAAUGAAUUACCAGAUUGCGAUAAUAGCGUAUGGCGUCAGUAUAAUCUCUCUGCUGUACAAGGUCAUGCACCAGCUAAAGUCAAGAUCGCAGAUGCUUAUUGGUAUGGAUUGCAAGGGAAACGAGAUAGUAAGCGAGCUACACAAUUAUAUAUCGAAGCAGCUGAAAAGAAUGAACCUCAGGGCUAUUUUAACCUUGGUUGGUUAAUUGAGAGUGGCCAAUUAGAUAAUGACACCGUUUUCACUUUUGGUGCUCGUAAUUUAACCUUAACUAAUGGCAAUUUAACUGCUGCGGCUUAUUUUUACGAAAGAUGCUUUAAAAGUCAAAAACGAGAAGCUCAUAUACCUUGUGCCUUUGCUUACGCAAAAGUUAUGAUCAAGAAACAGUUCUUUGAACAUUACAUUAUAUUUUCGAUCUUAAUCAGUAUCAUAGUAGGCGCUAUAAGUGUUUUUGGAUAUUAUAACGCCUGCGGUGAUUGUUUUAAUCAGCAAGACGAAAAUGCAUUGACAACUGUGGCCACAGAAAAUGUACCUAAGUACGAUAUUAUUAUUUUAUUCAAGCUUCAUGAUAAUUGUAGCUUAGAUCGUCAAUUACGCAGACUUAAUUACUUGUAUGUAUUUGUAAAAGAAACGAAUUCAUCAGAAAUACAUAGGAAAAAUAAAAUAAUAAUGAUCUACCUAGAAGAGGAAAAAUUAACUUGUGAUCAAUAA